AGAACUUCGAAGUCCUAUUAUAACCCAAGGGUUGCACACUGUAUUUCCACGUUUGCAUGGUGGCCUUGAUGUGGGCCUGGUACUUCCCCGCGGUCGAGACGGCACACGACUUGUACGAUGUGCAUAUUCCCAGCGUUCCAUCCGUCAAGUAUGAAGGGCUUGCCUUUCUCAACGAUGGGGCGCCCAUAACGACCCCACUGACGUUAACGCACGCAGCCAAUGCAGCCUCGCUGAACGAAUUCGCAAUGGAGUACCCGUUGAGCCCUGAAUUCAUCCGUGUGAUGACGUCCCAAGAGCUUCAGGACAGAAUUGUGUCGGCCACGGCAGCGUACUUUUCACUGCGCGAUCCAGUGUACGUCGCCGAGGUGGACAUGACCGUGAUGUUGUUUUAUCGAGACCAACAGGACUGCAUGAUGUGGUAUCUCGUGCUCGAUGGUCCAUUGGAAGGCCACGUAAUUGCGUCUCCAGUACACGUGGAGGAAGUCAAUGUCGACGAUGAAGGGCCGGCGGCAGUCGUGCAAUACUGGACCGACAACAUCGUGGUGUGCGCGCGUUCAUUUCCCGAAUUCUUGUACCGCACGUGGAUCGAAAACCAGAUUUGGUUCCAGCAGAAUGAACCUACAAAGUCGCCACCGCCGUUUGUCGUCCACGAGUGUGCGUGGUACGAAGCUCAAAACCGUGCUUUGCAUGAUCGACGUACCAGUACCGGGUAACGUUAGUAGUUAACCCCCAAGGAUGUUCACUUUUCACUUGUCGUUCGAAGAACGCUGUCAAUCCAGUUUGCAUGUUGUCA